GCGGCCGAGUUGCCCGGAUGUAGUUGGUGGAGCGGCAGCGGCGGCACCAGCGGCGGCGGUGGCGGCGGCGGCAGGAGGAGGAGGAGAAGGAGCAGGCAGCGGCGGCGGCGGGGGGAGGAGGGGAGGAGGCGGCGGAGCAGGAGGUGGAGAAGGUGGAGGAGGCAGUCGCUCUCCGCGGGGCCGAGCCGGACGCGUCUUCUUGCCCCCCUCCCCCCGGCUCGCCGCUGCCGCCGUGUAGUUGGCGCCGCUGGCCGGGCUGAGAGUGAGCGCGGUGUGGACGGAGGGAGAUGGCCCGGGAGCGCCGGCGCCAGUAACGGGGAGGUGCUGAGAGUCGCCGAGGGCCGCCGGGCCCUGGUGCCGGUGCUGCCGCCCGCCCGCCGCCUGCGCGCCCGCCCGCCCGCCCGCCCCUCGCGGCCGCUCUCCCCUCCCCCGACACACACUCACAGGCCGGGCAUUGAUGGUAAUGUAUGCGAGGAAACAGCAGAGACUCAGUGAUGGCUGUCACGACCGGAGGGGGGACUCGCAGCCUUACCAGGGGGGUGAUGUUUUACAGGCACUUAAAUAUUCAUCGAAGAGUCACCCCAGUAGCGGUGAUCACAGACAUGAAAAAAUGCGAGACGCUGCAGAUCCUUCACCACCAAAUAAAAUGUUGCGGAGAUCUGAUAGUCCUGAAAACAAAUAUAGUGACAGCACAGGUCACAGUAAGGCCAAAAAUGUGCAUAUUCACAGAGUUAGAGAGAGGGAUGGUGGGACCAGUUACUCUCCACAAGAAAACUCACACAACCACAGUGCUCUUCAUAGUUCAAAUUCACAUUCUUCUAAUCCAAGCAAUAAUCCAAGCAAAACUUCAGAUGCACCUUAUGAUUCUGCAGAUGACUGGUCUGAGCAUAUUAGCUCUUCUGGGAAAAAAUACUACUACAAUUGUCGAACAGAAGUUUCACAAUGGGAAAAACCGAAAGAGUGGCUUGAAAGAGAACAGAGGCAAAAAGAAGCAAACAAGCUGGCAGUUAAUAGCUUCCCAAAAGAUAGAGAUUACAGAAGAGAGGUGAUGCAAGCAACAGCCACUAGUGGGUUUGCCAGUGGAAUGGAAGACAAGCAUUCCAGUGAUGCCAGUAGUUUGCUCCCACAGAAUAUUUUGUCUCAGACAAGCAGACACAAUGACAGAGACUACAGACUGCCAAGAGCAGAGACUCACAGUAGUUCUACGCCAGUACAGCACCCCAUCAAACCAGUGGUUCAUCCAACUGCUACCCCAAGCACUGUUCCUUCUAGUCCAUUUACGCUACAGUCUGAUCACCAGCCAAAGAAAUCAUUUGAUGCUAAUGGAGCAUCUACUUUAUCAAAACUGCCUACACCCACAUCUUCUGUCCCUGCACAGAAAACAGAAAGAAAAGAAUCUACGUCAGGAGACAAAUCUGUAUCACAUUCUUGCACAACUCCUUCCACGUCUUCUGCCUCUGGACUGAAUCCCACAUCUGCACCUCCAACAUCUGCUUCAGCAAUCCCUGUUUCUCCUGUUCCACAGUCACCAAUACCUCCAUUACUUCAGGACCCAAAUCUUCUUAGACAGUUGCUUCCUGCUUUGCAAGCCACACUGCAACUUAAUAAUUCUAAUGUGGACAUAUCCAAAAUAAAUGAAGUUCUUACAGCAGCUGUGACACAAGCCUCACUGCAGUCUAUAAUCCAUAAGUUUCUCACUGCUGGACCAUCUGCUUUCAACAUAACGUCUUUGAUCUCUCAAGCUGCGCAACUCUCCACACAAGCCCAGCCAUCUAGUCAGUCUCCAAUGUCUUUAACAUCUGAUGCAUCAUCCCCAAGAUCGUAUGUGUCUCCAAGAAUAAGCACACCUCAAACUAACACAGUCCCUAUCAAACCUUUGAUUAGUACUCCUCCCGUUUCAUCACAGCCAAAGGUCAGUACUCCAGUAGUCAAGCAAGGACCAGUUUCACAAUCAGCCACACAGCAGCCUGUAACUGCUGACAAGCAGCAAGGUCAUGAACCUGUCUCUCCUCGAAGUCUUCAGCGCUCAAAUAGCCAGAGAAGCCCAUCACCUGGUCCAAAUCAUACUUCUAGUAGUAAUGCAUCAAAUGCAGCAGUUGUACCACAGAAUUCAUCUGCCCGACCUACGUGUUCAUUAACACCUACGCUAGCAGCACACUUCAAUGAAAAUCUCAUCAAACAUGUUCAAGGAUGGCCUGCUGAUCAUGCGGAGAAGCAGGCAUCGAGAUUGCGAGAAGAAGCCCAUAACAUGGGAAGUGUUCACAUGUCAGAAAUUUGUACUGAAUUAAAAAAUUUAAGAUCUCUAGUCCGAGUAUGUGAAAUUCAAGCAACUUUGCGAGAGCAAAGGAUACUAUUUUUGAGACAACAAAUUAAGGAACUUGAAAAGCUAAAAAAUCAGAAUUCCUUCAUGGUGUGAAGAUGUGAAUAAUUGCACAUGGUUUUGAGUACAGGAACUGUAAAUCUAUUGCCCAAUCUUAACAUUUUUGAGCUGCAUUUAAGUAGACUUUGGACCGUUAAGCUGGGCAAAGGAAAUGACAAGGGGACGGGGUCUGUGAGAGUCAAUUCAGGGGAAAGAUACAAGAUUGAUUUGUAAAACCCUUGAAAUGUAGAUUUCUUGUAGAUGUAUUCUUCACGUUGUAAAUAUGUUUUGUAGAGUGAAGCCAUGGGAAGCCAUGUGUAACAGAGCUUAGACAUCCAAAACUAAUCAAUGCUGAGGUGGCUAAAUACCUAGCCUUUUACAUGUAAACCUGUCUGCAAAAUUAGCUUUUUUUAAAAAAAAAAAUUUGGGGGGUUAAUUUAUCAUUCAGAAAUCUUGCAUUUUCAAAAAUUCAGUGCAAGCGCCAGGCGAUCUGUGUCUAAGGAUACGAUUUUGAACCAUAUCGGCAGUGUACAAAAUAUCAUGAAACAACUGUUUUCACACUUGCACCUGAUCAAGAGCAGUGCUUCUCCAUUUGUUUUGCAGAGAAAUGUUUUUCAUUUCCUGUGUGUUCCAUUUCCCUCUGAAAUCCUCGAUCUGAUUUGUCCAUUUUUUAAAGCUCCUCUUUUUCUCCCUUCUUAAGGCACUGUUGCUAUGGCACUUUUCUAUAACCUUUCAUUCCUCUGUACAGUAGCUUCAACUUGCAGUGAUUGAGCAUAACCCACUGUUUGUAUAAAUUAUUGAAAUCCAUUUGCACCCUCUUAGAAUGGACUGAAAAGUACUGCUGGGCAUGUGUGCUGAAAGUACAUGGAUUGCUCGCUAAUGAGGAAAUGGCCCAAUGAACAUGGUUGUGGGAGGGGAAAGAGGAAACAAAGCUAGUCAGAUGUGAAUUGUAUCUGUUGUAAUAAACAUGUUAAAACAAA